ACGCUGCCAAUUGACAUUUCAAAGUUGUGCCAGAGACACGAAAAUUUCCAAUUUGCAAAUUGCGAUCAACAGUGCUACUUUUCUAUUAUUUGUUUGUAAAUUUAUCUGUUUAUCGUUAGCUUGUGAAGAACUUAAAUAUAUUGUUCAUAUUGAAAUUGUGUUUAUUUGUAAUUGUAAAGUUGAGAAACAUAACAAGUGUUCACCUAUAGUAAACCAAAGUGCAAAUCAGUUUUAACCCUAACGCCAAUUAAAUGAACACGCGAAUUCCGAUGGCGGAAGAGCUGUGGCUACAAUAACAACUAAAGGAGGCUGCUCCCGCACCCCACACGGUAUCUACGGAAUGUGUGACCCAUUAUUAUUGGUGUAAAUUGCUAAGGUGUAUUAGCGGUAACUGUAAAAUUGGAAACACCGUGAGUAACGCACAGUUGUGGAUUUGCGUGGGUGUUAUGUUGACCGACGACUAAAAAAUUAGAUAUAAAAGUAUUACAAAAUGGAUGUAGCUGUAGUGAUUGAUACACAAAUAACAGAAUAUCUGGAAGACAGAAAAUGCGCCCUGGAGGAAAUGAAACAAGCCAUUCAAGCAGUGGGCGCAAAUUUUCAGCGCGUGCUGUUCGAUAAACUCGAUUUUGGCGAAACAAAUAUGCUAGAAACUUUCUAUAAUGCAGAUGUGGCCAUAAUUGAUUUGAGUAUAUUGGUACAACAGCGUUCACUUUCCUAUCAUCUGGGCGUACGGGAAAGCUUCGGUAUGAAAGGGAAUAUAAUUGUCUACAAUGAUAUGCAGUCCAAGCAAACAUUGUGCCUUAAGCUUUCAUGUGCCAAUUAUCAAUUUCUAUCGUACAAACGUAACGAAGAGACUUCCACCUGUUUUUUAACCAACUUUAAUAAGGAACUGCCCGCAGAUACUAAAAUGCCAACACUACUUUCGCGUUUGAAGCGUCUUUUACAGGAUGUGGAAAUACAAUCCAAGGCGCAUAUGCGUGAGAAAUUUCUAUCCGAUCUGCGUUCAGCGCGUGAAGCUUAUGGAGCAAAUGCACCGAAAUUGCAAAAAUUUCUUCAUGAUAUGCGCAAGCGUUUGGAUGAUGUGCAUGUACUAUCUGGUGAAGUGGUGCACAGUUUUAUGUGCUCACUACGCGAUGUACAAGAUUACGAUGCGAUGGUGCGCUUAGUGAGCGAUCUAAGAAACAUACCAAACACACGAAAAUAUGUUGAGACAGGAAAUAUGAGUUUUCUGUAUGCGUUCGCGCUGAAUCGCCGUAAUCGCAAAGGUGAUCGCGAGAAAGCCCUGGCAUCAUCGCUGAAAGCACUGGAAAGGAAAGAGAACGAGUUCCCCGAUAUGUUGUGUCUAUGCGGACGAAUUUAUAAGGAUAUAUUUGUGGAAUCCGAUUAUGAAGAUAAAGAUAGUUUGAAGAAUGCCAUAAAAUGGUAUCGGCAAAGUUUUGAUGUACAACCGAAUGAAUAUGCCGGUAUAAACUUAGCUACAUUGUUGGUAAUUGAUGGAAAAGAAUUUAGCAAUACAGAAGAGUUGCAAAAUAUUGGUAUAACCUUGAAUAAUCUCAUUGGUAAAAAGGGCAGCUUGUCGUCACUGACUGAAUAUUGGGAUGUGGCCACUUUUUUUGAGAUUUCCGUGCUUGCUGAAGAUUAUGCGAAAGCGAUACAGGCAGCAGAGUGUAUGUUCAAAUUAAAGCCACCUAAUUGGUAUCUCAAGUCAACAAUUGGUAACAUAUCGUUGAUACAUCGCUUCCGCAAGAAACCUGAGGAUCACAUUUACUCAAUAGAAGAGCAAAUAUUUCAAUUUUGGAUAGACUUUUUUAUGGUAGCGACCAAUACGGAGGAGAUUACUAGCGUGCGCAUGCCGAUACUCAUUUUGGAACCACAGAAAAUAUACAUGCCAAGUUAUGUCAACAUUAAUAUGGACGCUGAUGAGAAAUCAAUACAAAUCAUCAAUAUUUGUUUGGCGCACUCAAAGAACGCUUGUAAAAAGGUGCAUGAUUUCGUCUUCAAUGCUUCGCAAAUUAAGUCUGUGAGCUUGUAUAAACGAGAUGAUCGUUGUGCAUACCUUUAUGUGCAUCAUAACUCAGACGAUUUCCAAAUAUAUUUUCCCUCCACGGAAUGUCGUCAAAAAUUUUAUGAGCUCAUACUGGAAAUGGCAUCGGAUCAAGAGGUGUUUGUUAAUCUGGACGUGGAUGAAGUGCGACAAAUUGAGUUUGAAUACGAUUACGAUGAUCAAAAUCGGAAAAUAAUACUGGGGAAAGGCACCUACGGCACCGUCUACGCAGCACGUGACAAACACACACAAGUACGUAUUGCCAUAAAGGAAGUGCCAGAGCGUAACUCACAGGACGUGCAACCGUUGCACGAAGAAAUCAAACUGCAUUCGCAACUGCGUCACCGUAACAUCGUGCAGUACUUGGGCUCCAUAUCAGAAGAUGGCUUCUUUAAGAUUUUCAUGGAACAAGUGCCCGGUGGUUCGCUCUCUGAUUUGUUAGAAAAGAAAUGGGGUCCGCUCAAGGAUAAUGAGUCCACCAUGGCUUUCUAUUCGAAGCAAAUACUCGAAGGUCUCAAGUAUUUGCAUGAGCAGAAAAUUGUGCAUCGCGAUAUCAAGGGUGACAAUGUGUUGGUGAACACCUACAGUGGUGUGGUGAAAAUAUCAGAUUUUGGCACGUCAAAGCGUUUAGCCGGCAUUAAUCCCAUGACAGAGACAUUUACCGGCACGCUGCAGUACAUGGCGCCGGAGGUGAUCGAUCAAGGCUUUCGUGGUUACGGUCCUGCAGCGGAUAUAUGGUCAUUCGGUUGUACGAAUGUGGAAAUGGCAACGGGCAAACCGCCGUUCAUUGAGUUGGGUUGUGCGCAGGCGGCCAUGUUUAAAGUUGGCUACUAUAAAAAACAUCCCAUUAUACCGGAGGAGCUGUCGCCUAUGGCGCGAAAUUUCAUUCUGCGUUGUUUUGCGAUUAGCGUAGCUGAUCGGCCUACGUCGGCGCAAUUAUUGGAAGACCCCUUCUUGAAUGAUAAACACCGUAAAUUGCGCUUGAAUCCACCAUCUUCAUCGGAAUUCGGUCGCAGCAUCUCAGUGCCCGCCGAUCGUUUAGUAAAUAAAUCUACCUUGCCUGCCCUUAUAAGUUCAAUCAGCGCCAACACCUGUAAUACUCCCACCACGCCUGAAUUAGAAAUAACACAUGCGUCUUCCGUCGAUAUCGAUGAGCUGCCGAGCACACAAUUCGCUUUGGAACGUCGCAACUCGUCCGGCUUUCUGCUUUCUCCCGAAAUAGAGGCUUCCACACCGUCGCUGCGCACAAAUGCAAGCGAAACCAGUGAAACUGAUGGUUUCUAUCGCUUGAAGAAGGAUUCACAGCGUCGCACUACAUUAUCGAAGGUGCUGCGCAUGGAUGAGGAUAAAAUUUGCAAUUUAUGGAUGGAACGUAUACAAACGGAUCACAAAAUAAGCGUGUUAAUAACCAAAACCGAAUUACAAACUCUGAUACGUGGACUACGCGAGUAUAUUGUGAAUGAGAAGGAGAAGAAUUUAGAGGCUACCAUAACGGGACUGAAACACUCACUAAACGACGAUGUUGCUGUCGAUCAUUUACACCUAGCUUUAUAUGCCUUCCAAGAUGCUGUAGUCACAGUAUUGCGUUCACAUUUCAUUAAACCACAUUGGAUGUUCGCCUUGGAUAAUUUAGUAAAAAGUGCUGUGCAGGCGGCGGUCACGAUUUUAUCGCCAGAGCUUGGCGCCAACUUGGCUGGCAAGGAGCUAUCCUGCAAUGAUGACGAAAGCGUCAAUAAUCCACAACACACCUCAACGGAUAGUCAAGAAAAAAUAACCGGCGAACAGACUAUAGUCACACUAGCCGAGGAGGAUGACGGCAGCUUUGCACCGAGCGAAUGCGUACGUAUCUUACGCGAUAUGCGAGAUAACGACAAGCAAUUCCAGCGUCAGCAUUUGGAACAGCAAAAGCAGCUAUUGAAAGCGCAUCGCAACUUAAGCAAAGAGUUAGCACAUAUCUUUGCUGGUUCGCGCAAAGCGAGACGUCCAUUCGCUAAUCUCCAUCGUCGCGGUCAGCGCACCGCCGCACAUAAGCAACAAAAUUUGAGUCGCUCAUUGAAUAAACGUACUUAUGAUAUUUGCGAAAUCGAUGAGCAGCUGUCGCAAUGGCUUACCAAACACGGUAUCGACGAAUUCUCACAGACAAUAAUCCUGAAUGAGGGCUUUACUUAUGAAGAUUUUUUGUUUAAUACAGAGAAAUUAGAUCUGAUGCGUUUGGAAUUGAGACUGGGCGUCGAAGUGCGUCUAUGGAAGUUGAUCAAUCAAACACGCAUGGGUAUGGAUAUGAUUGAUGCUGAGAGCACUUGUAGUCAGCAGACCAAUGUACAAAGUACUGAUAGUGCCGGUGCCUUAAAGCGUAGUAAAACUACGGUACCAAAUUAUAGAAGUAGUCGCAGCAGAAGUGAGAAUAGUCGUAAGCGCAUUUUAAAUGCGAAUGCGGCUAACAAUAAUAUCAACGCUAAUGAUAAUGCCAAUGCCAACACGCGACAAACUGAGAGUGAAUAUGAUUCUUGUAGUGAAUAAAUUACAAAUCGAGCAUACAAUACGCAUGCAUACUUGCAUAUUAUACGAGUAUGUGUGUAUGUACAUAUGUGUAAUUGGUUACAUGCAUCUGUGGGCGCCAAGCGCCACUAAGUUUUAUCAUUGUUGUUGUUCUCAAUUUCGUUCCGUUUUAAGAUUUAGCACAAACCUGCAUACAUACAUUAAAAAAAGGAAAACACAAAGAAAAGAAAAAGAAAACUACUAACCUCUGCUAAAACGCAUAAAAUACUACAAUCAAAAACAAAAAUAAAUAAUAAUAAAAAUUAUAUAUAUUUUCUAAUGUUAUACAAGUUAAAAAUUUAAUUAAGCAAAAAGUUAUAAAUAAAAACGCACACAAUUGUGUUAAUAACUGUUGAAUAA